UAUGGAAAUUCAGUCGGCUUUCACCCGCUGAGUAGUAAUAACGCGCCGGUAAAAAGCCCCCAUAUAUAAAUAGUUUUAUAUUCGCUUGUUUGUUGAAAAACGUCGAUAUGUCGGUCGCUAUCGAAGCUAAAGUCUUGUACAAUAUCUUAAAAGUGGAAACAAUAAUGUCACAUACGAUGGACCCGAACAUACCGAACGGAAUCCCUUCAGGACUGCCACCACACCUCAACGGUUUGGAAUCACGAUCAUCACAUUCGUCCAGAGAUUCCUCGCCCUCAGCGAGAAUGUUUCCAGGGCCUGGCAGUGGCGGCAUGCGGCCAAUCCCAUCCAACCAGCUGCCACCCACCGGAAAGGUGCCUAUGAAUCAAUUGGUCAACAACUACGCCAACAUGAACAUUAGUAACAGUAACAUUAAUGCGAAUGUUGUAUCAACGCCGCAAUCCAGCCCAUCGCUGCAACAUUUCAGCACGCCUACAACCACAACAGACGUUGGGGAUCUGAAAGCACGUACUCAGGUGUUUAAUCAAAGUGCUAAUUUAUCGCCCAUUUCGGCAGCGGGUUUCACGCACUCGGCAACCAGUCAUUUUUCGAAUGUCAAGCAACUGCAAGAGCCGCCACAUCCGAUUCCUAGUCAGCAGCCACAAAAUCAACCACCGCAAGUGCCAUCCACUGCUCCGAUUCGAAACGGUAGUGGUGUCGCACAUCAGAAUUCGCUACCGAGCAGUAAUGCUCAACCUUCGAUAAGACCGCCGUUACAACCCAGUUUGUCUCAACCUAGGAUGAUGACAUACAAUUAUAACCCAGCCAUGCAAACAACACCAGUAAAUCACACACCUCCCACGAUUAGCCAGCCGAAUAAUCAAAUGAAUGGAUAUAACCAAAACCAAAAUUAUCAAAAUGUUAGGGGACCGAUGCCACUGCCAGCUAUGACAUUACAGGCGCAACCUCAAUUACCACCUCAAUUAUCCGGGGUGCAGCCACAAUACCAACACCAACCAAGUGCCAACACCACCCAAAUUAGGCCGGCGCUACAGCCGCAAUCAUCAAGUCCGAACUUGUUUAAUCAACAACGUCCGGGGAUGCCGCCGCCACCCAUGCAGAAAAGCAAUAGUUUGUCGGGACCAGCUCCUGAGAAUUACAACAUAUCUAAUAAAGCUGGUCUUCAUGUUAAUCGGUAUCCGCAACAGGCACCGCCUGCACCACAACAACAACAACAGCAGUUUAAUGCCAAUCCGAAUGUGCAAAGUCGGAAUUUCUACCAACAACCACAACAGCAACAACAGUUUACUCCUCAACCACAAAUGCAGCAAAUUCCGUUGAAUCAAUAUCAACAACCUCAACAACAACAACAGUAUCAAUCAACAGUGCAAUCUGGGUUUAAUCGUUUAUGGGGCGCUGAUAAUUUCGACCUCUUGCAAACACCCACAAUACUUCCCCCGACAAAAGUCGAAGCACCACGCGUUGCUCUUGGAAACACAUCUCUGGAUGAAGCCAAUUGUAGUCCUGACAUCUUUCGGUGCACGGUCACGAAAAUUCCCGAAUCUAAUGCACUGCUACAAAAAUCCCGUUUACCUCUGGGUAUUUUAAUUCAUCCGUUUCGAGACCUUAACCAUUUGCCAGUUAUUCAAUGCAAUACAAUCGUGCGGUGCCGCGCGUGCCGGACGUACAUCAACCCAUUCGUCUUUUUCGUUGACAGUAAACGCUGGAAGUGCAACUUAUGCUAUCGUGUCAAUGAACUCCCCGAAGAGUUCCAAUAUGAUCCUGUUACCAAGACCUAUGGGGAUCCAUCGAGACGCCCGGAAGUAAAAUCCAGUACUAUAGAAUAUAUCGCUCCGGCUGAGUAUAUGCUGCGACCUCCACAACCAGCGAUUUAUUUAUUUUUAUUGGAUAUUUCACGGGCGGCGGUUGAAAGCGGGUAUUUACAAACAGUAUGCGCGACACUUUCGGCUGAGAUUGCUAAUUUACCUGGUGAUGCACGCACUCACAUUGGUUUUAUUGCGUAUGAUUCCGCACUGCAUUUCUAUUCGCUUGCGGAUGGCCUCAGUCAACCCCAUGAGAUGACAGUGUUGGAUAUUGAUGAUAUCUUCCUGCCAUGUCCGGAUAAUCUUCUGGUUAAUCUACAGGAUCGAAUGGACCUAAUUCAGGACCUUUUAACACAAUUACCACAACGUUAUAAUAACUCAUACGAUACAGGCAGUGCUCUUGGAGCGGCCCUGCAAGCCGGGCAUAAGAUGAUGGCGAGUACAGGUGGGCGAAUCACAGUGUUCCAAUCAUCUUUACCCACGAUGGGUCCAGGUGCACUAACAGCUCGAGAAGAUCCUAGUAAUAGAGCAUCGGGUGAAGUACUGCAUUUGAAUCCGGCCAAUGAUUUCUACAAGCGUCUUGCGUUAGAAUGCAGUGGUCAGCAGAUAGCUGUGGAUUUAUUCAUACUCAACUCGCAGUACGUAGACAUUGCUACUAUUUCCGGCAUCUGUCGGUUUAGUGGUGGCUGCAUGUAUCACUUCCCAUUGUUCAAAGCAAGUCGGGAAUUACAAAACGGUGCGUUUGAGAAGUCCCUUAAGAGAUAUCUAACAAGAAAGAUUGGUUUUGAAGCAGUCAUGAGGAUAAGAUGCACGAGAGGAUUGAGCAUCCACACGUUCCACGGUAAUUUCUUUGUACGGUCUACGGAUUUAUUAUCCCUACCGAAUGUUAACCCUGAUGCUGGUUAUGGAAUGCAAGUCGCCAUUGAAGAGAAUUUAUCCGAUGUGCAGAAUAUCUGCUUUCAAGCGGCGUUGUUAUACACGUCGAGUAAAGGCGAACGAAGAAUUCGUGUGCAUACGCUGUGUCUUCCAGUGGUGUCAACCCUGUCUGAUGUUAUCAACUCGGCGGAUCAACAGUGUAUCGUGGGUUUGUUGGCUAAGAUGGCUGUUGAUAGAUCAAUGCAGUCAAGUCUGGCAGACGCAAGAGAAGCCUUCAUUAACGUCGCUAUCGAUAUCCUAUCGAGUUACAAGUUAUCACAGAACAUGGCGGGUAAUACAAGUCUGAUAGUACCGAGAUGUUUGAGACUGCUACCAUUGUACAUCUCAGCCCUACUAAAACAUCCCGCUUUUCGAUCUGGCAUCUCUACCAGACUGGAUGAUCGUGUCAAGUCGAUGUGUGACAUGAAAACCAGACCUCUGCAAUAUUUAAUUCAACAAAUCUAUCCGGAUUUGUACCCUGUGCAUAAUCUACAAGACCAAAUCACGGUGCUGAAUGAUGAAGAGGAGCCGGUUCACAUGCCGCCGAUUCUGCAGCUAUCCGCAAGGAGUAUUGAUUCCACUGGAGCAUAUUUGUUUGAUAUGUGUGACCAUAUGAUUCUGGUUUGUCAGGGCGUGAAUCGACUGUUUUUGAAUCAAGCGUUAGGUGUGGCUGAUUACAACGCGAUAACAGACUCAAUGUGUGAAUUACCCGUCUUGGAUAACGAACACAAUCAGCGCCUGCACAUGUUCAUUAAUUAUCUCAACGAGGAGAAGCCGAUGUGUGCAACAUUGCAGAUUAUUAGGGAAAAUAGCCCACUGCGGGGGUUUUUCUGGUUGGUUGUUGAGGAUAGAGUUGAGACUGCGUUGUCUUACCAUGAGUUUUUGCAACACUUGAAAACGCAAGUGAAAUAAAACAAUUGAUGAAAGACAAUCCAAUUCCGAUGGUGAUGAUAUAAUUCUAAUGGAAAUGUUAUUAUUAUGCAUUUAAUUGUCGCGCGUGGUGAAAAACAUGGUCAGUCGGAAGUUGGACUUUUAAGGACUAUAUAUGGCAUAGUUUUAUUCAAAUAUGUAAAUAUAAUUAUAAUG